AUGGCAGACACCGCGCCCACGAUCCCGUCCUUGAAGGAAUCAUUCAUCAGCGCGCAAACAAACAUCCUCUCCCAGCCGCUCGCCCCAUCACGCAUUUGGCGCCGCAACAACAACGCCUCAAGCCAUCCCAUUCCGGCGCGUAUCCUCGACGACGUCCUGUUCAACGUCAACCAAACGAUCCAGCUGCACCAGCGACGCGUAUACCCCCCGCAGGCGACCUACAAUGUCGCGGAACAAAUCAGCAAUUUAUAUUCAAGAGAUGCGGCAGAGAGAGUGGAAAAGUGGAAGCAGUCGGAAAGCAAUAUUGGACGCGAGCAAUAUUGGACGCGAGCUGAGCACGACGCCGGGAUUUUCAGCAUGCACUUGCCAUGCUAA